UUAGGGUUAACUUUGUACGGCGAGGAUGGCCCUGCUAUGGAAGAAAUCAGUUCCUCCCCUGCGACGUCGAUUAUUGUGUAUUAAUCAUCAUCAGUCAAGAGACUACUGUGAUGAGGUGAAGGCUGCUUUCGAGGGAUGGGCUAUAAGAUAUGGCAAAGUUUACAAAACCCUUGAAGAGAAGGAGCGGAGGUUUUUGCUUUUUAGAGAAUGUUUCCGGUGGGUUGAAAAGCACAACAACUCCCCCCAUUCUUCUUCCAAGGUGGGACUCAACCAAUUCUCCGAUUACACCCCUGCAGAGUUACGCUCUUCUGGUGGGGUCCUGCCAACACCAUACCAAAAGCUUGUGAAGAAGAUAGCAUGGGAGAAACGCUAAUGAUCUUGCGUGGCAGUUUGGCAUGGAUCUUGGUGUGUGGGUGUUCGAAGACUUUUUAUUAAGUUAUGGGUUGUUAUUAUGGUUACGCACUUCGUAUUUCAAAUUACUCGUUGUGGUUUAUGUCAUGAAGACUUUUAACAAGUUAUGGGUUGUUACUAUGGUUACAAACUUUGUGUUUCAAA